CGCGGCGCCGCGCCGUCCAGGCCGCCGCCCACCCCGUACACACAGCAUGUAAACAGUCCCCGCCGGGAGGAGCCCCGGGACCGGAGGGAGCCGCGCCGCCCGGCCCCGCCGCCUGCCCGAGAGCCCGCGGAGCCGCGCGCUGGCCGCCCGGGAGGAGGGCGCCCGAGGAGAGAGAAGGGCGGGCGGGCGGCGGAGGGAGCGGGAGGCGGGCAGCGCGCGAGGAGGCUGAGCGAGCGGCGGGCGCGGUGGGCCAGGAUGGAUUUCCAGCAGCUGGCUGACGUUGCGGAGAAAUGGUGCUCCAACACGCCCUUCGAGCUCAUCGCCACAGAGGAGACCGAGCGCAGGAUGGAUUUCUACGCCGACCCCGGCGUCUCCUUUUACGUGCUGUGUCCGGACAACGGCUGCGGGGACAAUUUUCACGUGUGGAGCGAGAGCGAGGACUGCCUGCCUUUCUUGCAGCUAGCCCAGGAUUACAUCUCCUCCUGCGGCAAGAAGACGCUUCACGAAGUCUUGGAAAAAGUCUUCAAGUCUUUCAGACCUUUACUGGGGCUUCCGGAUGCUGACGAUGAUGCGUUUGAAGAGUACAGUGCAGACGUGGAAGAGGAGGAGCCAGAGGCGGACCACCCCCAAAUGGGGGUCAGUCAGCAGUAACCUUCCGAGGGCUCCCACCUGAGAAGGAGUGUGGACCCCCUGGUACCUGAGGUGGGGUCGUGUGCUCCUGAGUUAGCAUCUUUUGCAUUAGCACUUCGAAACAGGACGUCUGACUCCCAGCAUCCAAAUUCAAACUAAGUACCUUUUUAUUGACCGCAAAAUAUCUGGGAUGAGCUUUGCUCAGAAGUGACCUGAAUUUUACUCCCGUUUCAGUGGGUUUUUAUGGGGUUGUCUCGGUAGCCUUUGCCAUUUUGAAUUUAGAGUCCAUUUUGUGGCUGACUGUUCUCUCUUGAGUUUGUGUUGGAGAACUACCAUUCGCUGACUCGAAUGUAGAGAACUCUGAAUGUAUCAAGGAUAUGUUUUGAGUCCUCACAGGUGACAUUAUUGAGGGAAAGCAUGACAGAGAAGAAAUGCAGUCUGCACUUUUUAUGUACUUUUUAAGUGUCCAUAAGUGAAGGAAUUUGCUUAUAAAGCAUGAAUUUUAAUAUCUAGUCAUUAAACUGCACAAAUGCAAAUACAAGAGCAGAAAGGGAUAAUCACUUAGCUUUGGACGAAGAAGGGAAGAGAGGCAGAGAAGCCUUUGCUGAAGCGUUCUGCCAUUACUAUGUUACCUGGAUAGAUAGCAACGGGUUCAUGGUUGGUAUAAGCAUUACUUGCAAGUUCAGUUAUUUUAAAACAUGCUAAUUCCAAAGCCACUUUUAAAAUCUAAUAGUGGAAAAUAUCAAUGGGGUGACAUAAAUGAUUGAUUUCUUUAAAAUAUCUAUAAACCGUCCCACAUAUGAAAUGAAACAUUCACAUUCUCUCUUUAUAACCAGAUGGCAACUUGUUAAAUCAUGAAAACAUUCAGAAUCCAAGUGCCACUUAAACUUUGAAGCCAUAGAUAAAUUUAAUGGGGGAAAUAAACCAGGAUAAACAGUUUUUUUAAACUUAUAAUGGAAUCUUUCUUUACUUUCUUAAUUUGUCUUUUAUUCCUUAAAAAAGAAAAGGUCAAGAAAAGGAUCCCACUGUAUAAUUUAUUUAAAAAACUGUAAUCAAGUCCUUGGACGAACCUAACAGAAGUGAAUUUUUAAAGCGAUAUCAAAUUGGGACUCUUUCAGUCGUGGGUUAGCUUGGUUCAGAUGGGAAGUUUCAAUGAUCAAAAUACUAAGACAACUCCCUGAAACAGCUACUUAAUAAUUGGAAACACUGCCGUCACUUAGCCAACAAAUACUUACAGGGGAAAUCCUUUGUAAUGCUUACAUGGAAUUAUUUAAAGUAUUCAUUUUCUUGGACCCUUCUGGAUCUCUCAAAGCAGAAUGCCUCUUUCACAGCCCUUGACCAAACAUAGCAUCUGGGGUGGAAAUGUUAUUAACAUGCAUACACAUGGCUGUUAUGUUGUCAUAGUUUGGGACUUAAAAAA